CGAGUUUCAUCUAUAUAGAUACCCAGAUCCCAAGCACAUGGCUGACAACCCAGCAUGGCGUGAAGAAAUCCGGUAUUUUGAGAGAUACUACCAUCUCUUGGGAGAGGUGCAGUCUUUGGCCCAGGAUGCGACCAACUGCAACAGUUUCCGGCAACAGCUUGACAUUUCGGCAGCGAUUCUGGAGGUUGUGAUCGACCUCAUAAAUCUGCUGGAGGAGAACUUUCAAGAACCUGAGCUUGGAGACCCUGAGCCUGAUGAUGUGCCGGGUUUGUUUCAAGAGAUCGCCGAUGAGGCGGGCUCUGUCCAUGCGGACCCGCAACAGAUGCUGCAGCAGGCCUAUGUCUUUUGGCGGGCCGCGAGGGAGGCGGAGGUGGCGUUGGUGGAGCUGGGUACCUGCACAGAGGUGACCAGAGGGUACCCUGAGAUGACAAGCACGGGGCCCACUAGUGCCAACAUGAAGCCCAGCUCGCCGCGGUGGUCUGGAGUUCAAGAGGUUGCAGAGACCAACUUGCCUCAAGGUGCAGCUGAUAGGCUCCAGAGCUUCUUGGCGAGGGUGACACGGCUUAUGGAUGAGCAUGGCGCUCUUUGGUUUGCUGGGGACAAAACGUGCCCUUGGAUGCACGAGCUUGUUGAGCAGGAAGGCUUCGGCGAUGGCUGGUCUUGUGAUUCUUGCAGCCGGAGGUUUCCCAAAGCAGCGCGUCGGCUAGGGUGCAGAGAGUGCAACUGGGACUUUUGCAUGCACUGCAGUGCACGGCACAAACAGAAUGUGGACCGUAUUCGUGCAAGGCUUGAACGUCUCAAAGCAGGAGUCACGCGUGCCCUCACUCACCUGACAACAAAAAAUGGUGAACCACAAAAGGGCAUUGUGGGCAUUGUCGCUUCUUUGUUGCACCAACAUCCUCAAGAUGAGGAGCGCAAGAGUCUUGAGUCAAUUAUGUUAGUUCAAGCCAUGGUUGACAUCGAGCAUCCCAGUUAUGCCCUUGCACUGACUUUGCAUGAGCUUGGCACUGUGAAUGUGGAAAAGAAUAAGUUGGAAGUUGCAGAGACUUUCUUCAAAGAGAGCCUAGCUAUAAUAAAACGUUCUUGUGCUGGCAGCGAGCUUAGCCGCAAAGUCGCGGUGAUUUUGCAUGAGCUUGGCGAAGUGGCUUCGAAACAGAAUAAGUUGGAAGCUGCAGAGACUUUCUUCGAAGAGAGCCUAGCCAUGGAGCGUUCUUGUGCUGGCAGCGAACCUAGCCUCUCAGUGGGGGUGACUUUGCAUGAGCUUGGCGAAGUGAAUUUGAAACAGAAAAAGUUGGAAGCUGCAGAGACUUUCUUCAAAGAGAGCCUAGCCAUAAAGCUUUCUUGUGCCAGCAGCAAGCCUAGCCACUCAGUCGCGGUGACUUUGCAUCGGCUUGGCAAUGUGAAUUUGGAAAAGAACAACGUUCUUGUGCUGGCAGCAAGCCUAGCCACUCAGUGGCGUUGACUUUGCAUGAGCUUGGCAAUGUGAGUUUGAAACAGAAUAAGUUGGAAGCUGCAGAGACUUUCUUCAAAGAGAGCCUAGCCAUGGAGCGUUUUUGUGGUGGCAGCGAGGCUGGCCGCUGUGUUGCAGUGACUUUGGAACGGCUUGGCUUAGUGAGCUUCAGGAAGAAUGAGUUCAAAGCUGCAGCCAUUUUGUUCAAAGAGAGCCUAGUCGCGCACCUGCACUGCUUUCUUUUUUGGAAACGCAUGUUGUUGAGUUGCUUGAGUGGAAUGGGCCUGGGCAUCUCAGGGACGUUACUACUUGUGAUGGGUAUUCAUAGGCCAAACGACCUUCUGGGGUCAGUCUUUUUCGUCCGUUUGCAUGCGCUGUCGCCUUCUGGGGUACGGUGAUGAGCGAUGGAGUGGACAGUCCGACCAUUCCCUGAACGGAGAGAUGGGACGGGUCACCCGGCAGACUAGCACCACGGGCA